AAAAAUCAUUUUCUAUUUCUGCAGAUAAUGGAUUCGCUAUUAAAUAUAUCAUAAGCUCGCGAGGCGCACCCCAGCUGAGCAUCGAUGGGUUUCGCUUCACACGGAAAAGAAAAAGCAAAACCACCGUCCAGUGGAUCUGUGUGCAAAACAAAGCCAUCAAUUGUACAGCGCGAGCUACCACCAGUUCGAAGGGAAUGGUUGAGCAGCUAAUCAAUUGCCACAAUCAUCCACCAAAGAUGCGGCGACGGAAGGCCGGCGAGCUACUGAAACUGAAGAAGGAAAUGAAGGCGCGAUUAAAAUGAAUAUUUUAUAUGAAUAUGAAUAUUUGAACAAUGCGUGAAUUUGAAAAUGAAUCAACGUACUAAAUAACUUCAAAUUUGCCGAUUCAACUGUGGGUUGAAAUAAAAAUAUUCUGGUACUUUAUCGAUACCAAGCGUCGUCGGCUGUAGAGUGAUUUCCAACGAAUUUGGGUCAACUGAGAUAAAAGGCUUUUGUUCAUAAUUUGUAUUUUGAAUAAUGACUGGUUCAAUGAAAUACAACUUCUUCGUUCAUGAACAGUUUUUUAAGACUUUUUAAAUUUCUCCGAUGUUUAAUUUUUUGUGCAACAUUUUUAUGAUCAUUGAAUUUUUUUUCGGCAGUUGACGGACAAAUUGUGGCAAACUAUGUGUGCAGCAAGAAAGGAACACCCCAGUUGAUAAUUGAUGACCACUGCUACAGCCGGCAGCGGGUUCGCUUACGCACCAUUAGAUGGCGAUGUGUGCAGUUCAAAGCUCUCCAAUCCUCUUGGGUCAGACCCUAAAAAACGCAAAAAGGUUUUUGUACAGCAAAAAUGCGUGGCAGCGGACGAUAACGAACGCCACGCGUUUAUCGUGAGCCAACGGGGAGGCAUACUACUGGUGCACGAUAAUUUUAUCUACCGGUCCAACAUGCUGCGGCAGGGCUCGAAGAAAAACAUCCUCUACUGGGAAUGUGUGCACAACCGUUUGGAGAAGUGCCGCGGUAGGCUCACAAGCAAGGGAAACAACCUAUUCAGUUCCGCGACCAGCGUGCCACAUAAUCAUCGCCCAGAAAAGGAUCGAAUUACCCGUGCAAAAACCGAAGGAAAGCUCAUUCACCGCACAUUUGUUUCAAUUUUCAGAUAAACUGUUGUUUUCGUGGUUUUAAAAUAGCGGGUAGUGUUGACACAAAUCAAUUCAUCGCUUUUCAUUAAAUAAUUAAGUGCUUCAUAUAUAACAACGAUUAUUCUAGUACUACUAUAUGACAAAGAGAAUAAAUAAAUUCAAAGCUGG